AUGAAUAUUUACAUUUUUAGCAAAGAAAAAAAAAGAAAAAAAGUUGUUUGCGACAAUUUAUCCAAAACCAGAGGGAGUAGGCGGGAACAUUGUGAACCGCAUCGCCGUCGAAUGGGCCAAUCCACUUCCAAAUUCCGGCGAUCUAAAACUACCUUCACUUCUCCGGUACUACCUAAUUUACGGGAACAAAACUCUGGUGCCGAUGAGCCGUACGAUUACAUUUCUAACUUACCAGACGAAUGCUUAUCUUUAAUUUUCCAAUCGCUAACUUGCGCCGACCUAAAACGUUGCUCACUGGUGUGUCGUCGGUGGUUAACAAUUGAAGGACAGUGUCGUCAUCGUCUCUCUCUCAAAGCACAAUCAGAUCUUAUUUCAGUGAUACCAUCUCUAUUUACUCGGUUUGAUUCUGUUACUAAACUUGUUCUUAGAAGUGACCGUAGAUCACUUGGUAUAUGUGACAACGCAUUCGUUAUGAUUUCUGUUAGAUGUCGGAAUUUAACGCGGUUGAAGUUACGCGGUUGUCCGGAGAUUUCGGAUUUAGGGAUUAUAGGUUUCACUGAGAAUUGUAGGAGUUUGAAGAAGGUUUCAUUUGGAUCUUGUGGGUUUGGUGUUAAAGGAAUGAAUGCUUUGUUGAAUACUUGUUUAGGUCUAGAGGAAUUGUCGGUUAAACGGUUACGCGGAAUCGGUGCUGGUGCUGAGCUUAUAGGACCUGGGGGAGCUGCGGGUUCGUUGAAGGUUAUUUGCUUAAAGGAGCUGCAUAAUGGUCAGUGUUUUGCUCCAUUGUUAAGUGGAGCUAAAGGACUUAGGAUUUUGAAGAUUUUCAGGUGUUCAGGGGAUUGGGAUCGGGUUUUUGAGGCGGUUCGUGAUAAGGUUAACGCUAUUGUUGAGAUACAUUUAGAGAGGAUUCAGAUGAGUGAUUUGGGUUUAACCGCGUUAUCGAAAUGUUCGGGUGUUGAGGUUCUGCAUCUUGUGAAAACUCCUGAUUGUACGAAUGUUGGUUUAGCUUUGGUGGCUGAGCGUUGUAAAUUGCUAAGGAAGCUUCAUAUUGAUGGAUGGAAGACGAAUCGAAUAGGCGAUGAGGGGCUUAUAGUUGUUGCUAAGUACUGUUGGAAUUUGCAGGAGUUGGUUUUGAUUGGUGUGAAUCCUACUAAGUUAAGUUUGGAAGCGAUUGUUUCGAAUUGUCUUAACUUGGAGAGAUUGGCAUUGUGUGGAAGUGAUACGGUAGGUGACACUGAGUUAUGUUGUAUUGCUGAGAAAUGUUUGGCGUUGAGGAAGCUUUGUAUUAAGAACUGUCCUAUUACUGAUGAUGGCAUCAAAGCUCUUGGGAACGGAUGUCCGAAUCUGCUAAAAGUGAAGGUUAAGAAGUGUAGAGGAGUGACUACUCAAGGAGCUGAUUUGUUAAGGAAAAGAAGGGCGUUGCUUGUUGUCAAUUUAGAUGCGCCCGAGACACCAAUUGUUGAGGGUAGUGUCGGUGAAGGUGGAGCACAGGAGAAUGCAGUUGAGUUCCCUCCUUCCAGACUCCAAAUUCCAACCAUAGGCCUUGCAUCUGGUAGCACCAGCCGGUCAUCCUCGUUUAAGUUACGAUUGGGGUUUUUGAGCCAGAGGAACUUUGUUUCUUGUGCACUGAGAAGGUUGGGAAGUCGAAGCAGGUCCCGGAAUGAAUAGACUAUGCAAAGGGUGUGGAAACCAGUCAAUCCUUAACACGUUGGAGACGGUAUUUAACCGAGUUUUACCUUUCUUGUUUAGUCUGUUUGAUAGUGUGCUUCGUAUUGUGUAGCAGUUGUUUGUUUGUUGUCAUAUUGAUUGAUUCAGAAAUUGUUCUUUUGUCAAAGAGUGUGUCUUCACA